UGUUUUUUAUGGCGCUAACAAUGUGUUUAUUGUUGAUAGUUGAAUUCCACUUCGCGUGACAGGAAGAAAAUUGCGUCGGCUGCAAAAUCAACAAAUGUGCACUGAUUUAUUUUAUCUUGAACACCAGAACUGGAAUGAAGGUCGAAUUACGGUCGUCAGGAAGUAAAUAAUGGCUGCAGCUGUGAGGAUUCGCGUUGCCCAGUUGGUUCAAAAGCACGCUUUUUCACUAUUGACACAACCUAGGUGCUUGGCAGCUACUCAGAAACUAUGUUUCCACAAUUCUUACUUGCUAUGUGUUGCUGGGCAAGAAAUCAAGAUGCCUUCACUUUCCCCUACCAUGUCAGAAGGGACAAUUGUGAAAUGGUUGAAGAAGGAAGGAGAUGUUGUUCAGCCAGGUGACGUUCUCUGUGACAUACAGACUGACAAAGCUGUUGUCUCAUUUGAAACUGAAGAAGAGGGCGUCCUUGCAAAAAUCCUGGUUCCAGAGAACACAGCUGAUGUCAAGGUGGGGACGCUGAUAGCUCUGAUGGUGGCUCAGGGAGAGGACUGGAAGUCUGUGGAAGUGCCGGCUUCGGCUGGGGCACCGCCCCCUGCCCCUGCCCCUGCUCCUGCUCCAUCUGCCCCAACCGCCCCACCCCCGGCUCCUUCUGUCGCUGCGAAACCUGGCCACCCAGAAACACCACACAACAUUGGUCCCGCUGUUAGACUUCUUCUGGAGCAGUACGGUCUGCAGCCAUCAGACAUACCUGGAACCGGCCGAGGAGGGAAGGUGCUCAAGGGCGAUGUCCUCGAAUUUGUCAAAAAGAAUGCACUGAAGCCAAAGCCACCAAAGCAAGUUCCUCCACCUCAGGCGGCCAAAGCACCUCCGCCAGGUGCUGUGCGAAAACCAGCUGCGGGAGCAGCAGCGAAAGUUAAGCCGCCGGGCGCUAAGUUCUCAGAUCUUGAGCUGACUAACAUGCGCCGCACCAUCGCAAAGAGGCUGACACAAUCCAAGUCAACAAUACCACAUGCCUAUGGCAGCGUCAAAUGUACGAUAGACAAAAUAUUAGCUUUAAGGAAGCAGUUGAAAUCAGAUGGUAUAUCUGUAUCUGUGAAUGACUUUGUUGUGAAAGCUGUUGCAAAUGCAUUGCUCCAGUAUCCUGAAGUUAAUGUACAUUGGAUUGAUGGAAAGAUAGUUCAUAUUCCAACUGUGGAUGUAUCAAUAGCAGUUGCCACAGAUGCUGGUUUGAUCACACCCAUAGUGAAAAAUGCAGCAGGCAAGGGUAUCGAAACGAUCUCAACAGAAAUACGCAAACUGGCAGAAAAAGCACGAUCUGGAAAACUCCAGCCUCAUGAAUUCCAAGGUGGAAGCUUCACGGUAUCGAAUUUGGGCAUGUUUGGCAUUGGAGAGUUCAGUGCUAUCAUCAAUCCCCCACAGUGUGCCAUUCUUGCAGUCGGAGGUGGGAAACAAGUAAUAAAUUCUGAAGGACGACCGGAGACCCGCAUGGUGGCAACACUGUCGUAUGAUAACCGUGCCAUUGAGGAUACAGUGGCAGCUCAGUUUCUGCGUGCUGUUGGUGAUUCUCUUGAUGAUCCAAAUAUGCUGCUACUUGGUAGUGCCCCAGGACUUCGUUCUGAACUCAGUUCGUGAGAGAGAGAGAGAGAAGGGCAUGAUUUUCAAAGUAGGCAUUUUCAGGGAGACAGAAGAAUGAAUUUCGACUAGUGAAAUCAUUACGAACAGUUGUUAAAAACCAUAAGAUCUUGUUGAAUAUGUUGUAAGCAUUUUGUUAAAUGGAGAUAUAUUUAUUUUAAUGUUUUAUGUGACAGUGUCCUUGUUCAUGUUGUAUAUGAAACAAUAUGCACUGCCUAUUUAUGUUGAUUUAUUUAAUUGAUUGAUUCCAGAAACAAGAAGGUUCCGUGGACACUGUGUAGACUGUGUAAUGUACAUAAGAAAUAAUUCGUGUGACUGAACUGUUGUUUGUGAAUCUUUGAACAUGCAUUUGUUGCUUGUGUAACUUAUUCAAAAUUUUGUUGUUAUGAAUGCCAGAUUUAUUUUAUUGCUCAAAUUGGUACCUGAGCAAGCAGUUUGUAUACAUUUUAGGUCUGUAGAAUGUGAUAACUGAACAAACGUGUAAAAAAAAUUUAACGGUUCAUGAUGAACAAAUGUAAGUAAUUAACACUUAGCUAUAUGUAACAUGAAGCUCUAAACACUGCCAAGCAACUGGAAGCGCCAAUAACAUCUGGAAUCCAAUCAUGUACUGACAAUACCUAUUAUGAAACCUUAAGUUCUUGUUCAUGAAGAUUACGUUGCAAGUCUCAAUAUAACUACCAUGGAAAUGGGGAAGUCCUAUGAAAAUGGAUUGAGUGUAAACUUUUUUCCUGUUUUGUAAUAGAAUGAGAGUUGCAUAGAGGAACAUAAUAUCUCUGUAUAAUUCCCACUGCAUCUGAGUUUCCCCUAUGGGCACACUCAACAGAUACCAUUUUGAAUAAAAUGGUGACUUGACUUGUAAUUGAUGUACUUCACAAUCUACACUCCAAAGCUGAACCUGAAGUUUUCCCUUGUGAAAUAAGUGUGGUAUAAGUGAAAAGCACUAGUGCCAGUUGGUCAGUGUUGUGAGGAAGGAACCCAAGUGUAUAAUUAUUACUUGUAGAAUGUGGGACAAACAUGAUUACAUUAAGACAGAACACUACAAAAUAUAUCCAAACCCUUAUAGACUCAAAGAUUGUCAUAAACAGUAUUUCUGGAUAGGCAAUGAUCCCAAAAGCUGUUUUGUGUGUUUCAAAGAGACAACAUAAUCAUUCUUGCUGAUGGGUACAUGUGAAAUUUCUUUAUUUAGUAUCAGUUACUGUUGGCUCAAUUUAUUGCUUGACCUGGUUGUCCAUGAUGGUAGUGAACCAAAAUUUAAUCAGCAGUAACUGUUUCCCUAGGAUCCAUUUAUGUUGUCAAAAUUUUGCCAACUUAUAAAUUAUCAUGGCUCUUGCAGUCUAUUGAUCCAGAUGUUGUGUGCAGCUCACAGACUGCUGUUUUUUGGAGUAUUUGAUAAUUGUGGCUGGCAUGAGAGACUCUUCUAUAAAUGCAUUGUAUAGCUACAUAAUGCAUUAUCUUGCUAACUGCUCUCCAAAUUAUGUAAACAGUACUCUCAACUUUCAGUACAGCAAUUCCAUAUUAAUUUUUACACACAGAUGACUUUUAUAAUGCAACUGCAUCUUCACAUUACAUGCAUUUAGUUCUCUCAUGGAUAGCUUUUGUUGCCUCCCUUGUGAUGAACAAUUCAUUCCCUUUCAGCACGUAUUCAGCUCUGGUAAUUAAGUCCUGAAAAAGGACCUUCUGUACACAGUUAAUACAACAAGAGGAACACAGAAAAGUUUUACGAAUUUUUAUCCAGCUGUUUAGCAAACCAGUAAUAGAAAAAACUAAAUGCAGCGAUUCACUGUACAGUUGAGGCAUUGAGCAGAUGAUAGACACAUUAAUGUUGUUGAAAAUGUUGAUGGUUUUCAGAGUGUGUCCUCCUUCAGAGCUAACCUUCCUCCCCCCCCCCCCCCCCCACACGUGCGUUAUACCAACAGACUACAUUGUGCUGGCACUGCAGUAUGUUUUCUCCUGUAAAAGGCAGGGUAACCUGCAAAGGUAGUCAUGUCAUGAAAACAGUUUUACUGCAACUUUUUCACAGCCUUUUCACUUGACACUUCCAUCGACCAGGUGUCUGCCCAAGUGGAUGGGCACCAUCAAACUGUGGCUUAGAGAAGAGUUGGCCACACGGUGGGGGAGCAUGACGAGACUUCAGUGAUUGGUUACAAAUGUGUUCCAUUUGGAUCCUCUAUCCCAACACAACUUCUCCGAAGUAUGUAGAUGGGAACUGUCCAUACAACUUCUCUGAACUAUGUAGGUGGGAACUGUCCAUACAACCACUCCUGUCCACAAUCUUCAGUGAUUUAUUCCAUCCACCUAACCCCACAAACCAGUCAAGUUACAGUGAUAGGACAAUGUAUUCAACUGGGGCAAUGUGUGUGUGUGUAAGUGUGUGUGUGUGUGUGUGUGUGUGUGUGUGUGUAAGUUUCUGCGGGAGAAGGAUAUAAAGACCAGCAACACCUCAACUUCAUGAAGAGUGGUUACUUUUACCCCUUCCAUUAUUUGUAUCCCAUCUAGAACUUUGCAUUAUAACAAGUUUUUUCUCUGUGAUUUUUCACAUUGUGGCAUUUAUUGAAUUGCAGGUAUUUGUGUUCAUAGCUUAACUUCAGUGUCUUGUGAUUUCUAAAAAAAAGAUCCGAUUUGUAUAUUGCAACUAGGAAGGUAAACAGUGUACUGUAAGUACAAUCAUAUUUCUUACUCACUAGUGAACUGAUGGUUUCUCCAUGCUCUGAACUUUUUGAUCCAUGUUCUCUCAUGGAUAAAUAGAAACUGAUAGAACCUUACACCUGACUUCUUUCUCCUGUCCACCUUUUACAGUUCCUUAAAUUUAGCCCCAUAAUCAAGUUUCCUGAUGUGCAUAUACAAGCUGAAUUGCAUAAAGUGUAAUUAUAAAACCCUUGUCACUGUGUCACCUGUGAUAGAUGCCAUUUGUAAAUGAAUCUUCGUAGCUUUAGAGGCCAUGUAGGUGAGAUUUAUUAUGGCUUAUGUGAGAUUCAUUCUGUUUUAAUGAAGGAAUAUUUGAAGUCGUGUUUGCACCAACAGUUAGUUAUUGUAAACAUUGAAUUUUCAAGGAGUGUUGCAUUGCAGCUCUUUGGAAGCCAUAUAUUUAAAAAAUUUUACAAAAAAUAUUUGAGAACACAUGAUUAAGCAUUUUAGGUUUUGUUUGGUCUUAGUGAUUAAAAUAAUUAAUAAUACUCAGUAAUCUUAUCCUUCUUUUUAUGAAUUCCACUGUUGGCUUCAACACGCAUAAAGUCUCACCACCAUAGCAUAUUGGGCCAUUAGACAUUAUUCUGCAGCCUUUUGUUGAUUUCAGUAUUCUUGUUAUUGUCAUCAGAAACAGGCACACACAAAUCACAAAAAAAUUUGCUUUCACAAGCACAGCUUCCUUCAACUGGCAAGACUGAGUUUUAUUUGUCCCCGUACAGAAUUAAGAUUGUUUAUGUUGGUGGUCAGUGGAUUUAAUCAUUACAGCCAAUGUAUCAGUUAUGAAAUUAUUGUUGACACAUUUCACUGUUUGAAUGUGCAGGAGUCUGUCAUACAUAAAAGAUCAUGCCAUGUCAUGUAACUGUAGCAAGUAAACAAAAUAAUUAUCUUGCAAGAAAUGUUCAUAUGCAGAUCGUUGUGACUCACAGCAGUAAGAAAACAGAUGAUGUUGCAGGUUAUUGCUGUACCAUUUGUGUUUAUGAAGAGUUUGUGCAUGCUGGAAUAGUGGUGCAUUUUGAUACUAUUUAAGAUGUUGUAUUGUUCCCAUCACCUAGGUGCCUUCUCCCACAUUCCUUCUUCAAAGAGAAGCUCAGUACAGACUAUUAAGCUCAGUUCAUACUAUUCAUUUUCUUUGAGUGUAUGAUGAAUUUCUGUUUCUAAUAGUGAAGCUCAGAAUGUUAGCAAACUGUCUUUGUCAUCCACACAUACUGUGAGCUGUAGAAUGCACUGCUCAAACACAUCUGUAUGAAAUACAAAUUUUUGUGCUAGUCAUAUGUUACAAUUUUGUAUACACUUUACAGAUUCAUGUGCAAAUACAUUUAUUGGCUUCAAACAACUAUUGAAAAAACACUUACCUUUCAAAAUUGUAUACAUCUUUAAAUACUCCCCUUCUAACUGCAUCCCCCCCCCUUACACACAGACACACACACACACACACACACACACACACACACACACUCUCUCUCUCUCUCUCUCUCCUCUUACUGUACCAUACUAUUUUAUGAUGUGGAAUAUUGCCAGAACAUGGGUCAAUUCAGUGUAUCCUUUUUGUUAGCCUAAACUUCAUUUUAAAAUAGUAGUGUUGAUCUGUAUAUUUUGAAUUUUUCAUACACACAGUUGAAUCCUAAAUUCUAGUCAAAUUAUUUAUUGCAAAAGCUGUGUUACAUUAAAAUAUUAAUGUUUAUACUUUUUAAAGGGACUGGGGUAUUAAUUUGCAGUAAUUUUAUAAUUCACUUUUAUAAGCAGUUGAAAUUAUUUCUUCAGCUUCUCAUUGUGAUGUCUUUGAUUUGGCUUUUCAUAAAUGCUAUAUAAAACAUGCAACUGAAAGCAGAUGUUUAUAUUGGAAAUGAACUAAUAAAUUUACAACUUAAAAUUCAGCAGUAGAGAAUACAAAUAGUCAACUCAGACCUGUGCCUCUUUAGUUUUUACUUUUUUUUGUUCUCUGUUGAUUCAUAGAAAUGUCUGGGUUUGUCAUUCAUUUAUUUUUCAAUUUCACUGGUAAAUAGAUAACUCCACAUGUUCAUUGGAUAGCGGAAUUUCCUUGCUUUCCAAAAAUAUCCCAAAAGACAUAAAACAUGGUGAAAGAAGUACAAAAAAAUUAAUGUAUGUAAUUGAAAUUGUGUCUUUUAGGGCAGUAUGGCAAAUUUAAGCAAGGUGUGACAAAUGUUAAUUUAUGCAUUUGGUUCUUGAGAUUUGUAACUACCCAGUGUAUGAAUUUUGUGGGACCAUUCCUGAAAAACUAUACAUUUUUUAUACCAGCACUACAUUUUCCAUCAAGAAAUAAUAGUAUGCAAUAUUGCAUUAUUCACAACUCUUCAAAGGGUGACACAAUUAGUGAAGUCCUUGUUGGUUUGUUCUUUCCUUUAAUGUAAUUAUACUUUUUCUGUGAUCAAGGUGAUUAAUGCUUCACAGUUUCGUGGAAAUGCUAUUCCUUAUUUCAAUACCAAGUUGAUAUUUCCAAAUACUUAGUCCAUUAGUUGUUACAUGUGACAGUUCCUGUGUAUUCUCAUUUUGAAACCUGUUCUCAAUUUAAAGUCGUGCAAGUAUUCCAUUUUAUGUUUUGUUGUAUCAUAAUGCCAGGAAAUAUUGUAUUCUCUGAUAAUUUUUUGUCCAUUAGUUUAAUAGGGAGUUUAGCAGGUGUCUUUUUGUUAAAAUUAAAGUGUUUCAUCCAACUGCACUACUGUAUACUCUGUAUCAGUUUUAAUGGAUUUUCAAAUAUUUCUCUGAUCUUUUCUGUAAUUUAAGACAUGGGUUUCAUCUGCAGAUUUUAAUAUUUUUCAUUGUACCAUUAUUUUUGUUUAAAUAAUUUAUGUACGUAGAAACAGAAUUGGGCCAAUAUAGAACCUUGAGGGACAUUUUUUGGCAGAUAAUAAAUCAGACUAGUGGGUGAUUAA